GUCUAAAUGAAAACUGUUAAAAAGACUAUUAGUGAUUAGCUUAAAACAACACUUUUUGAGUAAAAUUAAUGAUGAAAAGAUUAUGACGAGAAGAAAACUUCAAUUGAAAGACAGAAUCAAUCAGCGCCAGUGUCUUAAUUGCACGGGCACGAAGGGCAUGAAUACUUCUGCGAUUAGAGCGAAGAGUGACGCCGAUGAUCACAUGAGAUGGUGCGAAUCAUAACGCAGUUUACUGUCUGUGAUAGCAAAUACUGAAUCUGUUUCGUCGUUAAAUGAAGAUUAAAUGGAUUAGGGAUUCGACAGUACACGAUAAGCGUUGACACCAAGAAUACGACCAAAGAAAUAUAAAAGAAGUGAGCGAAUAAAGAAGUUUCUAACAGAACUGUCAUAAUUGGGACGCUGGGCAAUCAUGUCGGAGAAACUGAAGAAAACCUUGAGCUUCUUUUUAGAGAACGCAACGACACACGGAAUAUCUGGAAUCUACCAAAUGAAAAAUAUUUUCGUUAAGAUAUUGAUUAUGCUUUUGUUUUUAACAUUGGUAUCAUUUAUGGGCUACUCCCUCCUAGCAACAUUCCGAACAUUUUUCGAAUAUGAAGUCUACACAAGUGUUGAAAUUGAAACGAACCAUAGGUUGCAGUUUCCAGCCGUGACAAUCUGCAGUAACAAUGCCAUUCCGAAAUCUUAUUUAAAUAGCUCUUUACUGCAGGACGUACUGAACAAGACAAACGACGUAGUGACUGGGAAAAUACCGUUUGAUGAGAUCAACGAAUUUUUCCUCAAUUUGACAUAUGAAUUGACAGCAAAGCUUGAAAGUAGUAAAACAACAGCUCCUAAGCAACCACCAAUGAUACUAGAAACAUUAAACGACGCUUGCUUGUUCGCUCAAAAGCAGAGAUGCAAUUUGACCAAAGACUUCAAGCCAACAUUUCCUACUGAAAUAUUAAAUACAUGUUACACGUUCAACGCAGGAUUGGAAAACAGAUAUGUCCAGACGGGAAAAGGAUCUGGUUUCGGCCUUAGCUUGGUUAUGUUUAUGAACCAAUCAGACUUUCUUCCUUUAAUUGGAAAAAAGCGUGACACCGGCUUCACCGUUUACAUCCAUGACUCUGAUACAUUGCCAAUGUUAGGUAUAAGAGGAAUGCUAGUUGGACCAGGGUUUCACACAAAAAUUGCAAUCAGAAAGACUGAAAUAGUGGCAAAGCCUUCACCUUUUCCCAGCAACUGCUCUAACGGUGAAGGAAUUGUUAACUAUAUACCUGGUGCCUACACUUCUUUGGCUUGCCAACUAUCUUGUGUUUUUAAUUCAGUUUUGUCAGAAUGCGGCUAUGCCCAAAAUUUGAUUCGUAGCCAUAUAAAUACGACAAAAAUUAUUCAAUCAAAUGCAUCGAUGUUACAGUGCAGAGAUAGAGUAAUGAAUGCUGUCUUAGGUGCACAAACCUUUCCAUGUCAAUGCCCGAGAGCAUGUAAAGAGAUACGUUAUGAGUCAACAAUGUCACAGUCAAGAUGGCCUAAUGACAUUGAUUUGCCCAUUUUCAAAGCUUUAUCGCAAAAAGUUGUCGGUGUCAACCCCAGCAGUAUCACUGAUGAUUUCUUCACUAAAAACUUCCUCAAGCUGGACAUCUAUUUCGAUGACAUGAGUGUCAGGAAGUAUGUUGAAAAAGAAAUGAUGGGAAGAAUUAGUCUAUUGAGUAUUAUUGGCGGUCAUUUGGGUUUCUGGACCGGAAGCUCCUUGUUUUCUAUUUUUGAAUGGUUGGUUGCACUUAUAAGCUUGUUGAUGCUUUUCAUCCAAAUAAUGGCAAACAAAUUUUUAGGUGAAAGAGAUCAGUCUGUAACCAAAGUGGAAAGUAUUGGCAUAAAUCCGAUGUAAAAACUUGAAACGAUGUAAAUUUGAGUUUUGCACUGCGGUCAGUCUUACUUGAGGAAUGCAAUGUCAAGAAAAUAGCCAGCACCAUAACAGCUAGCUACGGACAAUCAAUUGGUUGCAGAUAAAGUUGAAAAAAGUCUCUACUGAUAUGAAGGCUUCACUGUACCACAAAAUAUAUCCUCCCAAAAACAGAAACUUUGGCAAUACUUCAUGCAUGAAGUUCAAUUUGCCAUGAAUUUUACCACAAAACUGUGCACUUAAGUUUAUUUAUAACACAUCAUAAAGGUGUCUUAUAUAUUUCACAAGAGUAUUUGAAGUAUAUGCGUAUAUAUAAAAACUAUAUUUAAAAUACUAUUCUAGUCCUUUUAUGAAGUUUAUCCUUCCUUUAAACGUAUGUAGUGUCAACUUGGAUUUAAAUAAAUAAUUGCGUUAUGCUACUCAAUAAUUUGAUUAAUUUUUCUAAAUGUCUCUAAACGCUAUCAUACAAAAUAAGUUUUAAAAAAUGGCCCAUUAGACCUGAUGGAAUUUAUUUAUUAUAUAUGAGAAUUAUAUGAAUUAUAGAAGUUAAGAAACUUCUAUUUCUACAGCAGAACAAAGUAGAAAACAUUAAAGCCGUUAAAACCUCUAGUUGACGAAGACGUCUUGUAGAGAUCAGCUGAUCUGUCAGUCCCGAUACCAUUUGUAGCUCGAAGCAAAUAAGCGUUUUUUUCUCUGCACAUUUUUGUGUACGGGUACUUAUUGAAGUAAAAUGCAGAAUCCAUUUCCGAUACGUGCUUAAACUAGGCAUUUCCCAUAAAGUUAUGAUAAAAAGCCGUUUAACAGAUUUUAAAGGUGAACUGACACGCAAAACUAUUUUUUGAUAUAAUGCAGAAAACGAUGCAUGGAAUCUUAAUUUCAAGUUUUCGGUUAAUUAUUAUUUCCGUUCUGACGCAAUUCCGCUCUAAAUGUCAUGAAAUUAUCGUCGAGUGCUCGACCAUUGUCGGCAUUUCAUGUGACCCAGUGCGUGUGACGUCACAAACACCAUGUUUUGAUUCCUUGAAUGGAAAUCACGCAUGGACUGGACAGUUCAGUUCAUCUUGUUCAGUUACUAUUCGAGGAGAUAUACGUAGCCUUUGAUCCAAGACUCAUGAAAAUUCGAGGCUACUGAAAUGUACGAAGGAUAUGUGCUGGCUGGUACUGCGUUAUAUUAGGAGGGAAUUUAUCUUUGGAAGGAAUAGGCACUUUUAGCUGCUCGAAGAAAUUCUCAAUUCUGAAGUCAAUCAUGCGGACGAAUAUUGUCGAAAUGGAGCCAAAACCUACUGAAUUAAUGUAUCGAUGCUCAUCCGCAAAGUCAUGAAAGUACCACCCUCCAGACUUGUUCAAGUGAUGUGAACAUGGUGUUUGUGACGUCACGAUUAUGCGGAAGGCUCGGGCAAACUCGUCCGUGCUCGGGAAAUGUUCGGUAGCUAACUUUGACGCUCAAUAACUCGAAAACUGUGUUGAAUAUUAAAAAAAAAUAAUGUACCAGGUAUUUUUGCUCGAUAUGCUUUCAUUUGAGGUCAAGUUAAUUUUGCGUGUCAGUUCACCUUUAAACAAUAAAAUCAAGCGGCACGGGUUAGCAAGCUUAAAACAGAUAAAAACAUAAUGGAAGAUCGAGACAGGCAUGGUUGAAUCAGUGCCAUUAGCUAGUCUUGUUCGGCUCGAGAGCUAGACAAAAAACGAUUGUCCUAACUUUCCAGCCGGUUUACAGAUUACAAGACGCAGAUGAUGUGCUCACCUGU